CUGAUACUGUGCCUGAGAAAACUGUGAUACAACAAAGGAAACAUAUUAUAUGGCGAUAGCUACAUCAAAGGAUUGAUGUACAGAGAAACAAGUAUACCAAUUGACAGAACAACCACAACGUUAUUCGGAACGCAAUUACCAGGUUUACAACGCGUUUCUUGUCGGUGCUGAGCCAGAGGAGAGAGAAAGAACCACUGAUGUCCGCGGAAGAAGUGAUCAAGGUUUCCUUGCUCUUUCCAAAUGGAGCCAGAUAUCAGGGGGAGGCCUUCAAUCCGGCAUCUGGAAUACUGGUGAGAACUGGUGUUGGUAAACAGAUUACAGCAAAUUGGAUCGUAUACACCGGAGAGUGGCGUCAGGACAAGAUGCACGGCAAAGGGACCCUGCAGUAUCCCUCUGGAGUCAUGUACAAAGGAGAAUUCAAAGACAACAUGCUCCACGGCAUGGGGACAUAUACUUUCCAAGAUGGCUCCAAAUACAAAGGUCAAUUUAUCAAGAACAGGUUGGAGGGAGAUGGAUCUUUCACUAACACAAAAGGCGUGGUUUGGACGGGAGAGUUUCACGGCAAAGAUGCGCUGGACCUGAUGAUGCAGCACAGCAUUUAG